AUGUCAAUGUCAUCUGGCGAACUCGGAUUCUUGCUCCCCAAUGGAACGCGCAUCGUGCACGGCAGCGGCGCUGCCGCCAGAGACGCUUUCCCGGUAGGCACGAACAUCCCUGGCCGACUUCAAACAUUCAGCGCAGGCCAUGCCAACGACCCAUCUACGCCGUGCUUCUGCGGACCCCAAGGAUUACUACCUUUCGACACCAAGACCCGAAUGCCGCGCCAUGUGCAUAUGGCCCCAAACACUACCGGCAAAAGCCUUCGCUAUGUGGUGGAAAAGAUCAUGGUUAUGGAGGGAGUGGCCGUAGCAGAGCUUGGGGGCGAAUUCUACGUAAUUCCACCUCGCACGCUGGUGUUGAUCGGGGCUGGCGUGCCACACACCUGGACUGCUUGCCCACCGGGUAUCGACUUCGAGGCAUUGGGGUUUCCCGCCGACGAAGGGGGGGCUGUUUCAACGGGGAGAUUUGUUGCGGUUUUCGAAUACGAAGUCCCGACCUCAUUCUUCCCAACGGCGCAGACGGAGACUCUAACUACGGAAGAGGAGUAUGUCAGAUGCGAUGAUCUGCAUUCCAUUAGGAUCCCGGCCAUGACGGUGGAAGAACUUCGGGAACGGGCGUGGUUUGUCUGGGGGGAGGGAGUUCGGAAGCUCCCCUUGGAUAGGUAG